AUGGCUCAGUACAUACCAGAAGAAGACUGGAUUGAGGAGAUUGCAUCACACUGUACAGAUUAUGUCCAAGUAGCCUUUAUCACUGCCUGUCUGUCUAUUUUUGUGGGAGGCCUCAUCCUCAUCAUUUUGUAUAGGAUAGUUGAGAGCUUUGUGAGCUACAUCUUCUCUCUAAUUGCUAAUCAUUUUAAGAUACAAUCUGUAAAAUUCCCUCUCCUGGACCGCUGGAAGGGAUACUUUCAAGACUGGGUGGUGAGGAUGCUCUCAGCUCAGACUUCUGUAGGACGUGUUGUGGUAAUACUGGUGUUCCUCUUUAGUAUUGGAUCACUCGUCAUUUACUUUAUCAACUGCUACGGUGUUAGUGAAUUCUGUCUCACCUUUGAAGACAAGACAAUUAAUAUAGACCUAUUCUUCAAUGUAUUCUUCCUCCUUUACUUUGGAUUACGGUUCUUGGCAGCAAAUGACAAGCUGAUAUUUUGGCUUGAGCUUAAUUCCGUUGUAGACUUCUUCACCAUCACUCCAGUCUGCAUAGCCUUCUAUUUGGAAAGAAAUUGGCUUGGUUUGCGGUUUCUGAGAGCACUCAGAUUGAUGGAACUUCCCAAAAUAAUGCAGUUCCUUCACAUCACCACAAGUGGUACUGCAAUCAAGUUGACCAAACUACUAGCUGUAUUUGUCAGUACCUGGCUAACUGCUGCAGGAUUUCUUCAUUGGAUGGAAAAUACUGGUGAUCCAUGGGAAAAGCAGAAGAAUUCCCAAAACCUGACUUAUUUUGAGUGUUUAUACCUGAUUAUGGUGACCAUGUCUACAGUUGGUUACGGGGAUAUAAUUGUCAAAACCAAUUUAGGACGUGGAUUCAUCCUUUUCUUCAUCGUUGCUGGUUUGAUCCUCUUUGCAAAUUUGGUUCCUGAAAUGGCAGACAUUGUUGGAAGCACUAGGAUUUACAGAGGGUCCUAUGAGGCUGUGAAAGGCAGGAAGUAUAUAGUUGUCUGUGGUAAUAUCAGUCUGAACAGCGUAACUGCUUUCAUAAAGGACUUCCUAGCUCAAGCUUCAGGAGAUGUUGCCACUGAGAUGGUCUUUUUGGGAGAAAAUCCCCCUUCUCUGGAGUUAGAAACUGUGUUCAGAUGUUAUGCUGCAUAUAGCAGUUUCUUCCAAGGUACUGUCAUGAAGACUGAAGAUCUUCUGAGAGUUCAGAUGCAUAGUGCUGAAGCAUGUCUCAUCUUGGCUGACACAUGUUCUGUUGAGCCUUACAUUGAGGACACGUCCAACAUCAUGAGGGUCCUAUCCAUCAAGAAUCACUUCCCAAGUACCAGAGUCAUAAUACAAAUCCUCCAGUCUGCUAACAAGCUCUACUUGCCAAAGCUUCCCAACUGGGAAUGGAAGAAAGGGGACAGUGUCAUUUGCUUUGCUGAACUCAAGCUUGGGUUAAUAGCACAGAGUUGUUUGGUACCUGGUUUGACGACAGUGUUGACUAGUCUGUUCGUCCGGGAAAGUUUACAGCAAGAGGGUCUUAGUUUUGCAAGCCAAUACGAAGUAGAAGGCGAAGAAUAUAAGGUGAUGACCCAGCUUUUCUCCACUGAAUUCGUUGACAUGUCUUUCAGAGAUGCUUGCCGAUUGUGCUUUGUGAAGCUUAAUCUUAUACUCCUUGCUAUUGAAAAUCAAGCUGGUCCUCAUGCAAACAGCAUUAUGAUCAACCCAUCAUCCAGUACUAAAAUUGAUGUCAGCACGAUGGGUUUUUUCAUUGCCAGAUCUGUAACGGAACUCAGAAGGGUUCGAAAUUAUUGCAAGAUUUGCCACGGUCACAUCAUGAAUCCAGAACUAAUUGGAAAGUGUCGUUGCAAAGGGCGAAAGGUUUUCUCAAUUGCGGAUCGGAUUAAAGCUAUGCAGGAUUAUUUGACCUUUCCGGAUCAAAGCGCAGCAAGAAGAACCACUGUCAAUGAGACAGAUUUGCUUGGUGACAUUGACAGACCUCCUGAAAUCAUUCAAGAGCAGCGCAGUAAAGUUUUGCUUGAUUCCACUGGAAUGUUUCACUGGUGUGAAGCUGUUUCUUUCCCAAAGGCUGUCAUAAAGCGAAAGAAGAAAAUGGUCAUGAAUCUAAGUGAUCACAUUGUCGUCUGUGUUUUGGGAGAUGCUACCUCAACACCAAUUGGACUCCGCAACUUUGUGAUGCCUCUACGAGCCAGUAACUUCUCACUGAAAGAACUGAAGGAUAUUGUCUUCCUUGGAUCUCUUGAGUAUCUGCAGAGGGAAUGGGACUCCAUCCAUAAUUUUCCAAAACUGUAUGUCUUGAAGGGUACGGCACUUUCAUGUGCAGAUCUGAGGUCAGUCAACAUCAAGCAAUGUUGCAUGUGUGCCAUUCUCUCAGCCUAUGCCUCCGGGGGUCCUGGUGAUCAGACAUUAGUGGACACAAAAUCUAUCCUGGCAACUCUGAACAUACGUUCCAUGCAGAUGAAGCUAACUACAGCAACACUAUCUUCUAGUUCGAUGCAUCUGCUUUCUGAAAAAUCCAAGAAGGAUAAAAAAAAAGGAAAAGGCAAGCCUGAAAAAGGCAAGGGUAAAAAGGGAGGUGGCAGAGAGAGAGGGAAUAUAACACAGCGUGUUAAAAGGAUCCCCCUCAUUACUGAGCUGAAGAUAGCUUCAAAUGCACAAUUCUUUCAACAGAGUGGUGGAGAUGACUAUGAUUUUAUAAACUACGCAGAAAGUAUAUCUAGAGGAACAAUAUUUUCUGACAGCUUUUUGGAUUCUUUGCUGUGCACUACCUACCAUAAUCACCAUGUGUUAGCGUUGUUCCAGACCCUCGUAACUGGAGGAACCAGUCCAGAACUAGAAGAAUUUUUGGCUGAGGAUAAUCAACUGAGUAGCAGUAUAACUAAUGUGAUACCCCUUGAUCUCAGGAACAGAUGCAAACUGUCCCUUUUGCCACUGACAAACAAUCCAGCUACCGCAGAAGGACUCACGGUCUACUUCGGGGAUGUGUUCACUAAAGCGCUUAGCAAACUGGGAAUUCUUUGCUUUGCCAUCUACCGCUUGAAAAGAGAGCCCAACCCAUAUGAGUUUCGGUUUGUGAUUGCUCAGCCACCCAUCGAUUUAGAGAUGCUUUCUACUGAUCAGAUGUUUUGUCUUGUUCCAUUCAACAUUUUAGUAACUGAUCUGGUAUCUGUGUUGAAGGCUGUUUCACAAGUCAAAGUAAAGGAACCCUCAAAGACGGACGAAAAAGUGAUUUUGCCAUAAAGAAAGCCACCAUAUCCGUAUAAAUAAAGACUUUAUUCUCUGUUCCAUGUGUGGAAAUCCCCCCCUUUA